AUGGCAGAUACCAUCGCACAAACUAUUAAUCCAGAAAUGGAUGAUAAUCAACAGCGGAAGUGGAACCCAAGAAGAACUGCAAACUUCUUUAUCUUCGGUGCUGCCAUGGGAACUCCUCUCAACUACUGGAACAAGUUCUUGGAAAAGAGAUUUCCUCUUAAAGGCCCUGGCGCACUUCCGCAUACUCCAAUAAGUCUCAGGAUGCUUUUCACUAGGGUCGGUGUGGAUCAGUCAGCGAUGGCGCCGUUCGGUCUUACCGCUUUCAUUGGCACCAUUGGUGUACUCGAAGGGAAGUCCCUUAGAGAGUUAAAAAACAAGUACGAAGACCUGUUCCUCCCAGCAAUCCUUGCAAAUUGGAAGGUUUGGCCUUUGAUCCAAUUGGUUAACUUCCGAUUCUGUCCAUUGGCCUUCAGAGUACCAUUUACCGCUUCAUGUGGUGUCUUGUGGACAUUAUACCUCAGCAACCUCAACUCUAAGAAGGCACCAGAAGAAGUCCCAUCUCCAGUUACGAUAGAAAAAACUCCAACUAAGCACCGAUGGGAACAAAAGCCAACCGGUGAAUUCUCUAAGGCCGAAUUAGUUGGCGUUGCCAGGUAA